UAGCCGGGAAAUCACUAACCAUUAUUAUUAUCACAGCCUAUAAAAAAAAUUAAGCUUAAAGAUGGCCUCACCUUUUUGUUGCACUACCCUUGUUCUUUCUUAUGUUUCGAUUGCACUCGUGGUCACCAUUUUUCCAACUUUGGGUACUGGUUCUACCAGAUUAGUCACAACAUCCGAGCUAGAAAUGGAAGCAAAAGCUAUCCUUCAUUUAGAUUGGUGGAGUUGGCACAGCAAUGACACUCACAAACGUUGCAGCUGGGUAGGUAUAUCAUGCAAUGAAGCUGGGAGCAUCACCAGCAUUGAUUGUUCACGGUUUGCGGUUAGUGGAAGCAUCUCGCCUCAAAUAUGUGCUUUAUCUUCUCUCGAGCACCUUGAUCUUUCUUACAAUAAUAUAAUAGGUGAGUUACCUCAAUCCCUUGGAAAACUUACACGUUUAAAAGGGCUCAAUCUUUCCAGAAACUUUGUUCAAGGUUCUAUCCCUUCAGGCUGUGGAAACUUGGAAAGUUUGAAGCUGUUGGACCUAUCGCAUAAUAGAAUUACUGGCCCUAUCCCUUCUACCUUGGGCAACUUAACCACUUUAAAAAUGUUGAACCUAUCCAAAAACCAAAUUAGUGGUCCUUUCCCUUCUACCUUAGGCAAAUUAACCAAUUUAAAACAGUUGGACUUAUCCUUUAAUCAAAUCACUGGGGUAAUUCCUCGUGAAAUUGGAAACCUAAAGGAUUUGUCUGAAUUGAAUCUAAGUAAAAACAAGCUCAAUGGUUCGAUCCCUUUGUCAAUAUUUAAUUUAUCCAGAUUGAGCAUUCUCUAUCUUGAUUCCAAUCUUUUAGAAGGUCCCUUACCACAAGAAAUGAAGAAUUUGAAAGCUUUAAGUUUCCUUGACCUCUCCAGUAACAAUUUGAUUGGACCUAUUCCAUCUCAAAUUGGAAAUUGCUCAAACUUACAAGAAUUGUCUUUGAGUAACAAUCAUAUAACUGGAAGCAUUCCCUUUGAAGUCUUCAGUUGCCCUCAUUAUACUCUUGAUCUCAGUCAUAACUUCAUCGAGAGAGAAAUACCGCAUCAAUUUGAUAACGAUCUUUACUUUCAGGUUUUGGAUCUUAGCCACAACAAUCUAACAGGCAUGAUUCCUGCAUAUUUGUGGGUGUCGUAUGUGCUCAAUCUGUCCUAUAAUUCUCUAGACGGUCCUAUACCAGGGCAUUUGAGUGAAUUUUCAUCUGAUUCAUUUUGGGGAAACAAGUAUUUAUGUGGAAACAUACGAGGUUUCUCUCCUUGCCCUUCUACAUCAAGCAACAAGUUAAAAAUUGUUGAAAUCAUUCUUCCCGUUCUCUGUUUUUUGGCCUUCUUGGCUUUAGGAGUCUUACUCUUCCUUAGAUCCAGAGCAAAAGAUAACAUUCCUGAACCAAAUGUCACAAAAAAUGGAGAUUUAUUCUCAAUCUUGAACUUUGAUGGAAGAAUUGCAUUUGAAGAUAUCAUUGAGGCGACCAACGACUUUGACAUCCGAUACUGUAUUGGGACUGGUGGUUAUGGUAGUGUUUAUAGAGCGCAGUUACGAAGUGGAAAGAUUGUUGCCUUGAAGAAACUUCAUCGUAGAGAAGCAGAGGUCCUAGCUUUUGACAAGAGUUUCAAGAAUGAGGCAAAAAUAUUAUCAGAAAUACGACACAAGAACAUAGUGAAGCUUCAUGGAUUUUGUCUCCAUAAUCGUUGCAUGUUUUUGAUUUACGAAUACAUGGCUCGAGGGAGCUUAUUUUGUGUUCUCGCCUAUGAUAAUGAAGCAAUGGAGCUGGAUUGGACCAAAAGAGUGAAGAUAAUCAAAGAUACAGCAUGUGCUUUAUCUUAUCUGCAUCAUGAUUGCCACCCACCAAUAGUUCACCGAGACAUAUCAAGCAAUAACAUUUUAUUGAACUCCAAUCUUGAGGCUUGUGUCUCGGAUUUUGGCACAGCUAGACUCAUUGAUCCUGAUUCGUCUAAUCAAACAAUGCUUGUUGGCACCUACGGUUAUAUUGCACCAGAACUUGCUUAUACUAUGGUUGUAACUGAAAAAUGUGAUGUCUAUAGUUUUGGAGUAUUGGCACUUGAAACACUCAUGGGAAAGCAUCCUGGUGACCUCUUGGUAUCAUUUUCCGCAUCAUCUUCCAAUAAUAUAAUGUUAAGUGAUAUUUUAGAUCCACGCUUACCGCUUCCAAGCGAUCGAAGAGUCACAAAGGAUAUUGUUUUCGCUACAACAAUGGCCUUUGCUUGCUUAAGGUCGAACCCAAACUUCCGACCAGCAAUGAAGUGUGUGUCUCAAGCGUUUCUUUCCCGGAAAAGACCAGUAGCAGAUCGUCUCCAAGCUAUCUCUCUGCUGCAACUCAAGGAGCAUGGUCUGUAUAUGGAUGAUGAAGCCAAAAUUCAAUCUCAGAUGUCAGGGGAAAUUGUUGAACUCCAUGCUAGUUCUUCAAGUUGAUUUUCAGGUGUAGCAUUAUUUGAACAAUGCAAGGCAUCUUUGUGUUAUUUGAUCUCUUCACUCCCUGUCUUUGCAUUCAAUAUCAGAUGCUUGUCAAUUCUAUCAUUGUGAUUUUGUGUUUGGUUUUGCAGAUAUUAGCCAUCAAAUCUCCAUUAUCCAAA